AUGGCGAUUGACAUCAACCUGCUGCGCGCCGAGAAAGGCGGCGACCCCGAGGUGGUGCGCGACAGCGAAGUCCGCCGCGGCCGCUCUCCGGCAGUUGUCAACGAGACGAUUGAAGUCGACAAGAAGUGGCGGGAGAACUUGUUUCAGCUGGAGCAGCUCAAGAAGGAGUUGAACGCGCUCAACAAGGAGAUUGGCCAGCGCAAGAAGAAGGACGCGAAGGAUCCGUGUGAGGAGUUGCUCGCGAAGACGGCGGAGCUGAAGCAGCGGCUGCCGACCGUCGAGGCCGCUGCGUCUGAGGCGGAGCAGAGGCGCGAGAGUCUGCUGCACCGCAUCGGCAACAUCGUGCACAAGUCCGUGCCGGUCUCGAACGACGAAGCGAACAACGCAGUCGUGCGGACCUGGGGCUCUUUCGACCGGAGCGUCAAGAUCGACGGCACCCCAGGCCGCAUGCACCACCACCAGAUCCUGGCUCGCCUCGGAGGCGUGGACUUCAGGAAGGGCGUGGAGGCCGCUGGCCACCGCGGCUACUUUUUGAAGGGCGCAGGCAUGCUCCUGAACGUCGCCCUGGCGCAGUACGGCCUCGCCUUUCUGCUGCGGAAGGGCUACACCCCCAUUCAGCCGCCCUUCUUUAUGCGGAAGGAGGUCAUGGCGCGCGCCGCGGAGCUCAAGGACUUCGAGGAGACGCUGUACCGAAUCCCGCACACGGGCAGCAGCAGCGGUGCGGCGGCCGCCGCGGCUGGCGACAAGAAGAACGGCGCGGAGAAGAAGGGCGCGGAGAAUGCCGACCGGGACGACUUGUUCCUCAUCGCCACGUCUGAGCAGCCGCUCUGCAGCUUGCACAUGGGCGAGACCAUCGAGGAGAAGGAGCUGCCGAUUCGCUACGCGGGCUACAGCUCGUGCUUCCGCAAGGAGGCUGGCGCCCACGGCAAGGACUGCUGGGGAAUCUUCCGCGUCCACCAGUUCGAGAAAAUCGAGCAAUUUUGCAUCACCACGCCGGAGGAGUCGUGGAAGAUGCACGAGGAGAUGAUUGGCGCCGCCGAGGAGUUCUAUCAGUCGCUGGAGCUGCCCUACCGCGUCGUGUCGAUCGUCACUGGCGCUCUGAACGACGCGGCCGCCAAGAAAUACGACUUGGAGGCCUGGUUCCCAGGCUACGCGGACUACCGCGAACUCGUCUCCUGCUCCAACUGCACAGAUUACCAGGCGCGCGCGCUGGACAUCCGUCUCGCCCACAAGGCAGGCACCGCGAAGGGCGCCGACAAGAACGAGAAGAGCCACGUCCACAUGCUCAACGCCACGCUGGUCGCCACGCAGCGCUGCCUGUGCUGCGUGUUGGAGAACUACCAGACGCCGACCGGCGUCAAGGUGCCGCGCGUCCUCGUCCCCUACAUGGGCGGCGCCGAGUUCCUUCCCUUCGUCGACGAAGCGGGCGAAGACCUCAAGAAGGAGAGCUCGCAGUAG